CGGGGGCGGGGCCGCAGUCUCCAGGCCGCGGGCGGCGGGACGCACCGGGUCGGGGGCCCGGGGGCCAUGGAGCUGCUGUCGGCGCUGAGCCUGGGGGAGCUUGCGCUCAGUUUCUCGCGGGUGCCCCUGUUCCCCGUCUUCGACCUCAGCUACUUCAUCGUCUCCAUCCUCUACCUCAAGUAUGAGCCCGGAGCGGUUGAGCUGUCGCGGCGCCACCCGGUGGCCUCCUGGCUGUGCGCCAUGCUGCACUGUUUCGGGAGCUACAUCCUGGCGGACCUGCUCCUCGGCGAGCCCCUCAUCGACUACUUUAGCAACAACUCCAGCAUCCUGCUGGCCUCUGCUGUCUGGUACUUGAUUUUCUUCUGCCCCCUGGACCUCUUCUACAAGUGCGUCUGCUUCCUGCCGGUGAAGCUCAUCUUCGUGGCCAUGAAGGAGGUGGUGAGAGUGCGCAAGAUUGCCGUGGGCAUCCACCACGCCCACCACCACUACCACCACGGGUGGUUCAUCAUGAUCGCCACCGGCUGGGUCAAAGGCUCUGGCGUCGCCCUCCUGUCCAACGUUGAGCAGCUGCUCCGAGGCGUCUGGAAGCCGGAGACCAACGAGAUCCUGCACAUGUCCUUCCCCACCAAGGCCAGCCUGUACGGGGCCAUCCUCUUCACCCUCCAGCAGACGCGCUGGCUGCCCGUGUCCAAGGCCAGCCUCAUCUUCAUCUUCACCAUGUUCAUGGUUUCCUGCAAGGUGUUCCUGACAGCCACGCACUCCCACAGCUCCCCGUUUGACGUCCUGGAGGCCUACGUGUGCCCUGUGCUGUUCGGGACGGGCUCCGGGGGCGACCACCCCCAGGACAACCACGGCGCCUGGCCCGGCGGGCCCCCCUCUGGGGCCCUGGCCACCAAGUCCAAGGAGGAGCUGAGCGAGGGCUCCAGGAAGAAGAAGACCAAGAAGGCGGAUUAGAGGAAUGGAGACCCCCCGGCCCCUCGUCUCUUUGAGGCUGGACUUGGAAAAAGCCCGCUGAGCUCAGGAACAGCCCUGCAGGCAAGACCGGGAGAGAUCCCGGUUGACAACGGCUCUGCAUACUUUUAGAUCAUCUGUGUUUGUGGGUCACAGGCACUUCCCACGGGACGUGGCACGAGGAAGGCCUCCACCACGCUUGCCUGGGGCGGGGGGGCUGAGAACUGAGAGGGUGCGCAAUUCUGCUCCUUGGCUUCAGGUCACCCCUGAACCAAACAAAUACAACCGGCUGGCGUGGGGUGGGGGUGGGGUGAGGGUCCCAGAUCCAGCUGAACGCUCACGGUUAGGCCCUGGAAGCGUCAGGCCUCCCUUGCGCCAGAGUCUUGCUCAUGCAGUCAUUCAACAAACACACAGAUGCCUAUGCUGUGUUCAGCCUUGUGCUGCCGCUGGGCUGGGCUGGGGGCAGGGGUGGGGUGGGGGAGCAAUAGCUUCAGGGUCCUUCUCGGCCUCCCCAAAACUCAUCCCAGGUCAUGAUGUGGGCGUGGCCAGCCUCUCAAGGGAGACACCGCACCCACACCAGGUGGGGGAGGGGGAGCCCCAGGUGUUGCCUGGCUAUUGGAAAGUGCCUUUUUGGGGUAACGCCUGGAAGUUGGGUGGGCCCCAAGACUGUGAGUCCCCCAGUGUCAGCCCCUGCACGUCCACUGGAGCUCGGGUAGAGGGCUCAGCCAAUAAAACCGUUACGAAUGAA